AUUUGAGUUCGCACCUUAACUUUAAGGCGGGACCGACAUGUGAAGUACCGCAGUACCACCUCCAUAUCCAUCAUUUCAUCAAUUUACGGAAUUUACUACCAAAGUAAUGAGAGAUGGCCGAAAAUACAGAACCAAGUAACCUAGAGGCAGGAGAUCACCAAUCAUAUAUGGAAUUUGCCCUAUCUCUAGCCACCAUAUCUCCGCCGAAACCUACCAACUACCGUGUCGGAGCUGUCGUGGUGGAUACAGCUACGAAUGAGAUAUUGGCGACUGGCUACACACUGGAACUUCCGGGCAAUACUCACGCAGAACAAUGCUGUUUUGAAAAAUUGGCAAAGAAAUACAGCGUCCCAUCGGAUCGUCUAGGCGAAGUACUCCCAGAUAGUGUCAUUCUUUACACGACGGUGGAGCCAUGUUCUCAAAGGCUUAGUGGAAAUCUACCAUGCGUGGAUAGAAUAUUAGCAAUAGGGAACAAGAUCAAGACGGUCUUCGCCGGAGUCUAUGAACCGGAAAAGUUUGUCAGUGCCAAUUCUAGCAAGCGGAAGUUGGAAGCUGCUGGCAUUGAAUUUGUUCACGUUGCCGGGCUCGAGAAGGAAAUACUGGAUGUCGCUACAGCCGGCCAUGAGAAAUCCAUCUGAUUUGAAUUCGACGAGCCGUGUUUAGUGCAAUAAUCAGGAGAGAAUGCUUCUGUAUUUCUAGCCUUAUAGGCGGCUACCAUUAGAACGUGUAUUAUUUACUUGGGUAUGAGUUUGGGCAGACAAUUAGGUAGAAGGCAAAUAAAAAAUAGAAUGGAUAUGAAGUAUCAUUUUCCACGACAUCAGAAUAAUGUGACAUAGGAAAAAGCAUUAUAGCUGAUCAGAAGGGAAAAAAAAAUACCAAAAAAUAAAUGGUUCGAAAUAUCUCUU